AUGGGUUCAGUCGCUGAGAGUUUCGACUACAAGUCACUGAAAGAGCUAUUGAAAGGCACGACCGCUGAGGUGCUGACACCUGAUGAUGGUCAGAAGUAUGAAGACAUCAUCCAAAGAUGGAGUGAGAGUUGCGUCAGGAGAGCUUCCGCUGUUGUAGCAGUUAGAUCGACAUCUGACAUCUCGGCGACUCUCGAGCAAAUACGCAAACACAAGCUGCCUUUCACCGUCCGAGGUGGCGGGCACUCCACCUCUGGCGCAGCAUCUAUCGAGAACGGUCUCGUGAUCGAUCUCUCCAAGAUGCGUAACGUCACUGUCAACCGAGAAGCCCGUACCAUCACUGCUGAAGGCGGCACAAUCUGGGAAGACGUCGACCUCGCCGCCGCGAAACACGGACUUGCAACUGUCGGUGGCACCGUAAACCACACCGGGGUUGGCGGCCUCACCCUUGGCGGUGGCUACGGUUAUCUCACAGGAAAGUACGGUCUCACAAUCGACAACCUACUCUCCGCCGAGAUAGUCCUCGCGUCCGGUGAGGUCCUGACUGCCUCCAAGACAGAGAACGCAGACCUAUUCUGGGCCAUUCGCGGCGCAGGACAAAACUUCGGCGUCGUAACAAACUUCACAUUCCAAGGCUACGACCAGCCCAACCCCGUCUUUGCAGGCCCGCUCGUAUUCCCCCCAACAGCUCUCCCGCAGAUUGUGGAAUUCAUGAAUAAGUUUCACGAAACGAAUGACGGGCGACAAGCACUCUUGGUCGCGUUCUCGAGCCCACCGCCCCAAAACGCUCCCGUCAUCCUCACGCAGCUCUUCCACAACGGAACAGAAGCCGAAGGCAAAGAGAUAUUCGCAGAACUCUUCGCGCUGAACCCCCUCGCGAACAUGAGCGGCAUGGUACCAUACCCUGUGCUGAACAGCCUCCUCAAUGUCUCGGCCGGCUUCGACGGACGCAAGCAGUUUGGCGGCGGCGCGUUCAAGCUGCCCCUAGACCCGUCUUUCGUCGAGGGCGUGUACAACGAGUUCCAGACGUUUGUGGAGAGCAAAGCGGAUUUCCAGAUCGCGCAGAGCAUGAUGCUAUGGGAGGUUGUUCCGUACGAGAAAGUCAUCGAGGUACGGAAUGAGGAGACGAGUUUUGCGAAUCGCGGUGAUUACUACAACGUCGCGACUGUGUUCAAGUGGUUCGAUCCCAGUCUCGACAACGAGAUGCGCAUCUUUUCGCGCUCGCUGCUCAAGAAGGCUUCCGAGACGGCGGCAGAUAGGUCAAAAGAUGGGGGCGUGGGCCAGUACGGCAACUAUGCCAGUGAGGACGUUGCGGCGAACGACAUCUUUGGCGCCAAUGUGAGGCGUCUGGAGGAUUUGAAGCAGAAGUACGAUCCAGAGAAUCUGUUCAGUCACGGCACGAAGCUCACGCCACGACCGUUGGUGGUGGUCAAUUGA